AGGAGAGGGAGGGGAGAAAGGUCAUGGGCUGAUGGCGUCGAUGCCAUUCUCCCUAAAUAAUAAGGUCCCAAGCCAAGAAGCUUGGAUUGCCGAUUUCGUUUCACGGAAAUGGAGGGACCCACAAGGAAUUUUACUACAGGCAAUUAAACACACAAAAAGGGCGCGGCUACAAGCAGAACAAGAAUGGUAGGUCUUCAUUCCAUUUCUGUAGCAACCCAAGACUCGAUUGAGGGUCUGUGUAGAAUCUCGUCCGAAUCUGGAGUUGCUCUGGUUGGAAGCUCGUUGAGGACAAUUCAUCACCCUGAUAAGUUUCCUGAUCCGAUAUAGUGAUUUUUUUUUUGUGAAGAAAAGUAGGAUUUUUUUUUUUUUUGAAUGUUUGUUAACUGUUGAAUUUGGAUUCGGUUCUCUCUGGAUUUGUGGGUAGGGAUUCUGAUCCGGAGAGGAUUGAAAAGUGGGGAUUUUUUAUUUGAAUCCGGGUUUUUGGAUUUUUUUUUGCGUUUUUUGUUAUUGUAGAUAUUGGACUUUAAAGGUGAAAUUCAGGGUGUUGAAGGUUUUCUUUUGGAGCAAAAAGGAAUUUGGGUUUUCUGGUUUCGGAUUGAUUGUUUUGCAAAGAAGUUAGGCCUAAGAAAAAGAGAGGCCGAUCUCCUUUGGUUGAUUGUGUUGGAUCGAUACAGUUGUGCAAGGGUUUGGUUUGGAAGUGAAACUAGGGUUGUGGGCUUUAUAUUGUUUUUGUUGUUUCUGUGUUUGCAAUGGGGAAGCCCGUUGGGAAGAAAAAGAAUCAGGUAGGAGGGAAAUCUGGGGGUGCAAAUGUAAAGCAUGACAAAUCAGGGGAACCGAACCCCAAAACCUUUGACAAAGAUACAGAUGUCUUCAUUGCAAUGUCUCAGGAAUUGAAGGAUGAGGGGAAUAAGUUGUUUCAGAAGAGGGAUCCUGAAGGAGCCAUGCUCAAGUAUGAGAAGGCCCUCAAGUUGCUUCCUAGAAACCAUAUAGACGUUGCCUAUCUUCGGAGUAACAUGGCUGCUUGCUAUAUGCAGAUGGGUCUUGGAGAGUACCCUAGGGCGAUCAAUGAGUGCAAUUUGGCUCUUGAAGUGUCCCCCAAGUACAGUAAAGCUCUCUUGAGAAGAGCAAAAUGUUAUGAGUCUCUGAAUAGGCUGGACUUGGCCUUCAGAGAUGUUAGGACUGUUCUGAACACAGAGCCAAAUAACCUUGCAGCAUUGGAAACUUAUGAAAGAGUGAAAAGUAUGCUUGAGAUAAAAGGUGUCAAGGUGGAAGAUACAGAUAUUACCUUGUCUCCUGAAUGCACUGACCCUCCUAGUGGUUCACCUCCAUCCAGACUAAUAAAAGAGAAAAGGAAAAAGAAGAGCAGCAAGAUUGAAGAGAAGAAAGCAGAAGAUAAGGUGGUUGUGGAGGAGAAGGUUAGUAAUCCUGAAAAGGAAGAAAAAGAAGCUAAAAGGACUGUCAAAUUGGUUUUUGGAGAGGACAUAAGAUGGGCAAAUGUACCUGUUAACUGCACCAUUCUGCAGGUGAGAGAGGUAAUCCAAAAUCGAUUUCCGAGCUUAAAUGCUGUCCUUAUAAAAUACAAAGAUCAAGAAGGUGAUUUGGUUACAAUCACCACUACAGAAGAGCUUAGGUGGGCAGAAACAUCAGCUGAACCACAGGGGUCUCUCAGGCUGUACAUUGUAGAAGUUAAUCUUGAGAUGGAGCCAUUACUUGAUGGUGUAAAGUAUGUUCCUGUUGUUCAUGAGAUUGAGAAAAACGAACAAAGCAUCAUAGAGAAUGGAAAUGCAGGACAAAGUGGGGAAAUCAGAGAAGGAUCCUCUUAUAUUGAUGACUGGAUAUUCCAAUUUGCUCUGUUGUUUAAGAACCAUGUUGGGUUCACUUCAGAUGAAUACUUGGAUCUUCAUGAGCUUGGGAUGAAGCUCUAUUCAGAAGCUUUGGAAGACACUCUUACAAGCGAAGAAGCACAAGAUGUCUUCAACAUUGCAGCAGAGAAGUUCCAGGAGAUGUCUGCUCUAGCCUUGUUUAAUUGGGGAAAUGUUCACAUGUCUAGAGCAAGGAAGAGGGUGUUCUUCACUGAAGAUGCUUCAAUAGAAUCUGUGCUUGCCCAGGUAAAAGAUGCAUAUGACUGGGCGCAAAAGGAGUAUUUGAAAGCGGGAAAGAGAUAUGAAGAAUCUCUAAAGAUCAAACCAGACUUCUACGAGGGUUUUCUUGGACUUGCUCAGCAGCAGUUUGAGCAAGCAAAACUUUCUUGGUACUAUGCAAUUGGGAAUAAAGUUGAUUUGAAUGCAUGGCCUUCUUCGGAGGUUAUAGAGCUUUACAACAAUUCUGAGGAGAACAUGGAGAAGGGAAUCCAGAUGUGGGAGCAGACAGAGGUAAAGCGUCUGACUGAAUAUUCAAAAACAAAUAAGCUUAAAGAGAAACUGCAGAAAGAAGGGUUGGAUGGGCUGUUUAAAGACAUAUCAGCAGAAGAAGCUGCAGAGCAGUCUGCAAACAUGAGAUCUCAGAUACAUCUUCUGUGGGGCACCAUGCUGUAUGAGCGAUCUCUUGUAGAAUUCAAACUAGGGCUGCCUGGUUGGGAAGAGUGUUUGGAGGUUGCAGUUGAAAAAUUUGAACUUGCAGGAGCUUCUUCAACUGAUAUUGCUGUUAUGAUAAAGAACCAUUGUUCUAAUCAAACUGCAUCACAAGGUUUAGGCUUCAAAAUUGAUGAGAUAGUACAAGCAUGGAAUGAGAUGUAUGAUGCUAAAAGAUGGCAGAGUAACAUUCCAUCUUUCCGAUUAGAACCAUUAUUUCGACGGAAGGUUCCAAAGCUUCAUCAUGUCUUGGAGAAUUCAUGAGGUGUACACCCUUGACUUAUCAAGGUUAGGAUCUAAAAUGAAUUCUGCAAAACACUGGAAAAUACAGAUUCAUUCUCCAUUGCUCAGAAGCUGCACUGGUGGAUUUAGAUUUGUGUGCUACGUGGGUUGCAUAUUUCUGUACUUACCAAAGGAGAUAAAGAAGCGUGGGUCUUCUGUUUGGCAGUAGAGUUUUCUGUGUUGAGCUGAGGAAUUGCUAUUUGAAUUAUUUUACAUUCCAUAAGGAUCAUAUAAAGAAUUUUCUUUUGCUGGUUUCUGCUUCUACCUUAGUUUCAUACAGAGUUUCAAACAGUAGGUAAAGAUUGGUUUUUAGUUCUUCCAGAGUCUUUGGGGGUUUCUUUGUAUUUUUUCAUUUAUUAUAAUAUCUGAUGGGUCUUGACCUAUUUAAUGGUCUAUGAUUCUUUUCUUUUUGUACUUUGUUUCCAUUUUUGACAGACAGUUUUUAUUAUCUAUUCAGAAGAAAGAAAAGAUUGGAUUGUAUUUGUUUUUAAAACAAUACUUGCAUUGAUAUAUGGCUUGUUCAACAGUUUGAUUGGGUACUA